AAGAGCUGUCAAACAUAACACGAUUACACCACCACCGCCCCCACUCUCUUUCUAUCUACCCUCGCCUCUCCUCCUCCCAAUUACCGAGAACAACUGGAGGAGGGAAAAGAAGAAGGAAGCCACCCUCUUCUCCCAUCGCCACCCUCUUCUCUCUUCGCCUCCAGCCAGCCAUGAGCUCCUUCUUCGAGAGCUUCCAAAAGAGGAGGUUCUUCCCCACCAUGCCCCUCAAGGAUGACCUUCCCAUCUCCCAAGGCCACCAGAAGGACACUCACAUGAUCGGCCUCAGGAGGCGGAUCUCCUCCUUCUCCGUCAAGAUCCAGCCCUUGUCCUCCGCCUCCGCUGCAUGGGCCUUCAGGAGGUCCAAGUCCGUGCCAUCCUUCGGGGACUUCGCCGGCGGCCCUCUCAGAAGGUGGUGGGAUUGGGGGCUGGGGUGGGUCCUCUCGAGGAAGCCGACCUUCGCCCGGGACCUCGAGAUGAACGAGGAGGAGACCGUGAUGCUCGGAUGCCACAGCAAGGGGACCUGGCGGCACGUCUUCUACAAGGUGCGGUCGGAGUUCAGGAAGCUCGUGGGAUCCAACACCUUGCCGACCACGCAGCAAUUUAGGUAUGAUUCCUUCAGCUAUGCGAAAAAUUUCGAUGAUGGCAAGAUGGGAGAGCAGUGAGGUGGCUUGGGGCCAGGGUCAGGCUUGGUGGUGUUUAGUGCUUACUGGUGUUUCUUGGAGGUGGAUCAUGGUGUGUUAUAGAGGAAUAUUCAUAGAUGAGUUGGUUAAGCAUUAUGUUCAUGUUGUCAUAAUUCAUCAUCACCUUAUGGCUAGUGGAGAUCCAUAAAGAGUACAUAAGGCUUCAACAAUUAUGGGCUGGAGCCGUCUCCCAGAGUUGAAGUGGCCUAGAUUGUUCAGAUCUAGCAUGUUUUAAAGGUUAAGAAAAAAUAAUUCUUCUAAAAAUCAUGAAUCUAUCAUCUAUAUAGUCUUAUUUUAUUGAUUUUUUUUUUUUGGGAUGUUAAACAAAUUCCGCAAUGUAAAUGAUCUAUGUCACAGUACUUCAAGUUGUAGCUUAUUUUUUUAAUAUGUGAUUGCGUUCCCCAUUUAUGUUUGAAAAGUACGCUUUGGCA